UUGGCGACAAUAGUGGCCAUGGCGCGCGCGCUGGCGGAUCUAUCCGUGAACUUGCAGGUCCCCCGGGUCGUCCCCAGCCCGGAUUCGGACUCGGAUACGGACUUGGAGGAUCCGAGUCCCCGGCGCAGCGCGGGUGGCCUGCAUCGAUCACAGGUCAUCCACAGCGGACACUUCAUGGUGUCCUCGCCGCACAGCGACUCGCUGACCCGGCGACGCGACCAGGAGGGGCCCGUGGGGCUCGCCGACUUCGGGCCGCGCAGCAUCGAUCCGACACUCACCCGCCUCUUCGAGUGCUUGAGCCUGGCUUACAGUGGCAAGCUGGUCUCUCCCAAGUGGAAGAACUUCAAAGGCCUCAAGUUGCUAUGCCGGGACAAGAUCCGGCUGAACAACGCCAUCUGGAGAGCCUGGUACAUUCAGUAUGUGCAGCGGAGGAAGAGCCCAGUGUGUGGCUUCGUGACCCCUCUGCAGGGGUCUGAGGCAGAUGAGCACCGGAAACCUGAGGCUGUUGUCCUGGAGGGUAAUUACUGGAAGCGGCGCAUCGAGGUGGUGAUGCGCGAAUACCACAAGUGGAGAAUCUACUACAAGAAGCGGCUCCGUAAGCCCAGCAGGGAAGGGGAUUUCCUGGCUCCCAAGCAGGUGGAAGGUGGGUGGCCGCCACCAGAGCGAUGGUGCGAACAGCUCUUCUCCAGUGUGGUGCCUGUGCUGUUUGGGGGCUCCGAGGAGGAGCCUGGGGGCCGGCAGCUUCUCGACCUGGAUUGCUUCUUGUCCGAUAUCUCCGACACGCUCUUCACCAUGACACAGCCCAGCCCUUCGUCCCUGCAGCUGCCCCCAGAAGAUGCUUAUGUUGGCAAUGCUGACAUGAUCCAGCCAGACCUGACGCCGCUGCAGCCCAGCCUGGAUGACUUCAUGGAGAUAUCGGAUUUCUUCACCAAUUACCGCCCCCCUCAGACGCCCACGUCUUCAAACUACCUGGAGCCCCCCAGCUUUGGCCCCAUGGCUGACUCCCUCUUCAGCGGUGGGAUCCUGGCCCCAGAGAUGCCAUCUCCAGUGUCCUCUUCCUCCUCCUCAGGAAUGACCCCUCACUCAGGGAAUACACGCCUACAGGCUCGGAACAGCUGCUCUGGACCCUUGGAUCCCAGCCCCUUUCUGAGCUCUGAAUUCCUUCUUCCUGAAGACCCUAAGACCAAGAUCCCUCCUGCUCCUGGACCGACCCCUCUUCUUCCAUACCCCACCCCUGUCAAGGUGCAUGGCUUAGAGCCCUGCACCCCCUCUCCCUUCCCCACGAUGGCUCCGCCCCCCUCUUUGUUGCCAGAAGAAUCUCUCCUCUCUGCCAGGUUCCCGUUUACCGCGGUCCCUCCUGCUCCAGGAGUGUCUACACUUCCUGCACCCACAACCUUUGUUCCCACCCCACAGCCUGGCCCUGUCCCCGGCCCCGCCCCCUUCCCUGUAGACCAUCUGCCCCAUGGGUACCUGGAACCCGUCUUUGGGCCUCACUUCACUGUGCCUCAGGGUAUGCAGCCCAGAUGCAAGCCCUCCUCCCCAUCCCCUGGGGGACAAAAAGCCAGUCCACCCACCUUGGCCUCUGCCACCGCCAGUCCCACUGCCACUGCCACUGCCACUGCCACUGCCAGAGACAACAACCCCUGCCUUACACAGCUGCUCAGGGCAGCCAAGCCUGAGAAAGCACUGGAACCUCCGACUGUGCCCAGCACCCUCCUCCGGCCUCCAGAGUCCUCGCAGGAAACAGUCUCUGAAAUCCCCCGUGCCCGUGCCUUUUUCCCCCCAAUCCCGGCCCCUACACCACCCCGGCCACCUCCAGGCCCAGCCACAUUGGCUCCUCCCAGGUCCCUGGUUGUCCCCAAAGCGGAGAGGCUCUCGCCUCCAGCCUCCAGCGGCAGUGAGCGGCGACUAUCAGGGGAUCUCAACUCCAUACAACCCCCGGGGGCACUGAGUGUCCACCUGUCUCCCCCUCAAACUGUCCUAAGUCGGGGUCGUGUAGACAACAAGAUGGAGAACCGACGGAUCACACACAUCUCCGCGGAGCAGAAGAGGCGGUUCAAUAUUAAGCUAGGAUUCGACACCCUGCACGGACUUGUCAGCACGCUCAGUGCCCAACCCAGCCUCAAGGUGAGCCCCCAGCCAGAAAUGCACACUCCCAUAGAGUCGUGGAACCCCUCCUUGGACCAACACCCAACACCAGCUCCCAGGGCCUGCCAGCACAGAGGCCCACAUUGGUGGCGCUCGCAGGUGAGCAAAGCAACCACGCUUCAGAAGACCGCGGAGUACAUCCUGAUGCUGCAGCAGGAACGGGCAGCCAUGCAGGAGGAGGCGCAGCAGCUGCGGGAUGAAAUAGAAGAGCUCAACGCUGCCAUCAACUUGUGCCAGCAGCAGCUACCGGCCACCGGGGUGCCCAUCACACAUCAGCGCUUUGACCAGAUGCGGGACAUGUUUGAUGACUAUGUCCGGACGCGCACGCUGCACAACUGGAAGUUCUGGGUAUUCAGCAUCCUCAUCCGACCUUUAUUUGAGUCCUUCAAUGGGAUGGUGUCUACCGCCAGCUUACACAGCCUCCGCCAGACCUCACUGGCCUGGCUGGAACAGUACUGUUCCCUGCCUGCUCUCCGGCCAACUGUUCUGAAUUCCCUUCGCCAACUCAGCACUUCCACAAGCAUCCUGACGGACCCGAGCCUCGUGCCUGAGCAGGCCACACGGGCAGUCACAGAGGGUACCCUGGGCAGACCGUUAUAAUCCUGGUGAAGGUUUCCAAGCUCCAGGAACAACUUGUGGACACGCUUCUAACAAUCCUGGCUGGGCCGUUUCCCUGCAGAUCUGGAAGGUUCCAAGUGUUGCACUCGCCACCGCCUUGGGGAUGGAGAAGGACCUAGCUCCAUCCCUGCAGUGCUGCUAAUGCUAUGGUCCCUGGUGACUCCUACCCUGUCUUUGGACCUCACUUUAAUAACAGAGGGCCCCCGAAUGCAUUAGCAGCUGCAGCACUGGGGACCUAAGCAGGAGCUCUGAUGAGAGAUGUCGGUCUGUUUCCUCACAACUUCCUGCUUUGGAUAAAGGGUGCCACCCUUAGUUCCUGAGCAGGGAGGCAGAGCAGGAGAUCUUCUCUCUUUGCCCUUGCACUAGUGAUGUGGGGAGCUACAGGGUGGCUUCCUGGGUGAGGCCACUGGGGUCUGAUGCCAGGAGAGAACAGGGCAAGAGGUAACCAGAGCAUGGCAGGCAUCUUGCAUGAAUGUCGAUGUGUGUGUGCGUAUGUGGAUUUUAUAUAUAUAUAUAUAUAAAUGUUCUUGAUCAAUUAAAGCAAAAACUGUCUGCAAAGGUUGGUGUUGGUGUGACUGGCAGUGUGUCUAGGCGUGAAUGGUGAAAUAGAAGACUGACCCUGUGGGUCAUAAACAACCUUUGAGUGCUUUUGAUUGGGUAUUUUUGUUUUUUGUUUAUUCGAGACAGGGUUUCUCUGUGUAGCCCUGGCUGUCCUGGAACUUAC